ACCAAAACUGGCGCUUUUUUAUAGUGGGGAGAGUGGACGUAAAUACUCCCCCACUCCGAUUCCCCCAACCCAGCUCCACUCCUUUCCUGUUUCCUACUUGAUCAGAUUUCCCAAUUUCUCCCAACCCAAUUUAAAGGCUUUACAGGUGGUUGAGCAAAACCCAGAACCCGAGAACAAGCAGAGCGACAAAAGGAUGGAUCAGCAAGGGCAUGGGCAUCCAACAACAAUGGGAGUCCCAGGUGCAGGUCAAGCAUCAUAUGGUGUGAACCCAUAUCAGCCUAGCCAAAUGAUGGGACUCUCUCCAACUGGAUCAGUUGGAAUGAUGCAAUCUCCCACUCAGCCGGGAGGUCCUUCUGCCCCUUCUCAGCUUGCACAACACCAAGCUUAUCAGCACAUCCACCAGCAACAACAACAGCAGCUACAGCAACAACUCCAAAACUUUUGGUCAGGUCAGUAUCAAGAAAUUGAGCAGGCUAAUGAUUUCAAGAACCAUAGUUUACCAUUGGCCAGGAUUAAGAAGAUUAUGAAGGCUGAUGAGGAUGUAAGGAUGAUAUCUGCUGAAGCUCCGGUCAUAUUUGCCAGGGCCUGUGAGAUGUUUAUUCUGGAGUUGACACUACGGUCUUGGAACCACACAGAGGAGAACAAAAGGAGAACAUUGCAAAAGAAUGACAUUGCGGCAGCAAUUACAAGGACUGAUAUAUUUGAUUUUCUAGUUGAUAUCGUCCCCAGAGAGGAUUUGAAAGAUGAGGUUCUUGCAUCAAUCCCAAGAGGUGGGAAUGUUCCAGUUGUCGGUCCAGCUGAUGGUCUUCCUUACUAUUACAUGCCUGCUCAACAUCCACCACAGGUUGGUGCUCCCGGGAUGAUGGUGGGAAAGCCUGUGAUGGAUCAAAAUAUGUAUGGCCAACCAACACAUCCAUACAUGGCUCAGCCAGCUUGGCCUCAGCAACAACAGCCGCACAAAGAUUCUGAGUGAAAGGAUUACUGGAAGAUGAUUGUUUGUAAUAUGAAGGUUUACCAUUUUUAACUUAUCCGAUGCACAGUUUGCUUUAUAUCCAGUUAUUACAGUUACAAAGUGCUUAUUAUUGCUACAUGAAAAGGUUCUGCAAAAGGUUUGGUUGAUGGGAGAUACCCUUUUUUGUCUGUAACUGAAGGAUUACUAUUAGAAGUUAAACACUUUGCUCUAUAACUAUUUGUUAUGACAGUUACUAAGCGCUUGUUAUUGCCGCAUUGAA